GUCGAUUGCUUGCCAGUCGCGAUACACGCAUUGUAUGCGCACUUUUGAGCCACCCCUCCCCUGUAUCACUCGAUUGUCCCUGUAACCCUCCCUUCCUUCCGUCCACAGUCUUGGCUCUCUCUCCUCCUCGACUUUACAAACCGCCGGCAAAUCCGGGUACAACUGGACACGCGUCACGCACAUCUUUGCCAGCGCUUUGCCCCGUUACCGCCAUUGCCGCACGCACAGCAGCUCGACGCGACGCACAGACCCAACGCCAAUCCACGACCCACGACAUCAUCAUCAUGCCGGACAAACCUCCCCGCCAUGUAGCCCUCGGCAUCCCGUUCUGCCCCGCGACGCGCCGAGUCCUCAUGGUCACGAGCAGGAAACACACUUCGCUGUGGAUCUUUCCCAAGGGCGGCGUCGAGAAGGGCGAGACGUCCGGCGCGGCAGCUGCGCGCGAGGCGCUCGAGGAAGCUGGUAUCCCAAAGCUUCGAGACAGUGCCAUCUCAGACGAGCUCACUGCGAUCCCACUGCCCCUCGCGCCGAAUCGUAACCGCGCCGAAGUGUGGCACGUGCACGCGCUGACCCUCGGCGCCGAGAGCGACCUGUCCCCCGAGUGGCUGGAGGGACACGAGCGCGAGCGCAAGUGGUUCACAUUUGACGAGGCGCAGCGCAACAUUGACUCGUGGGGCGGCGGUGCGGCCGCCGCCGCUGCGGCUGCCGACGCCGAUGCGGAGCCCGCCCAGCCGGCAGACUAUGCGCGCGGCGGGAAGAAGAAAAAGGCGCAUAAGGGCGACGCACUGGAGACUGCGCUCAGCGCCUUCCUCGACGUGUAUGGUUAA